AUGCUAUACUUGUAUAUGAAGUACCUCGAACUAGAGCGAUUAAUGUGGAAUCUGUCCACGUUAGGUGGUGCAUGUUCUGCCAUGGCUGAUUAUGAUAUCUCAUUUGCAAAACGUGCUGGUGAAAUUUCGGAAAAUCAAAUGAGGAUCGCAGCUGAAUUAGAUGAUCGUACGCUACUUGCGAGGUGCCAUUUAUACAUAGCCUUGAGCGCUGCCCAGCAAGCAGACUUUGCCUCAGCAAAACGAAUUGUU